GUGGAGAGCCAAUUGAUCCUCAGACCGCGGCGAAGGCAAGGACCAUACUCCAUCAUUGCAGAGGUCAGAGAUCAUUGAGUUUGGUCUUGUACCUAGAGUAGAAGAGCGGAGGUUUAAGAACAAGUUUAAUCUCCCAAAGGGGCUCCAAUUGUCCGUCCAGAAGCGAGUGUUUCUGCCAUUCCCCACCUCCACAUUGAUCCAUCUAAAUUGCUCUUGCAUUUGCGCAGGAUGUUUUUGACGAACCAAGACACCCAGAUUGAACCUGUCCGGAAGAAGAGAAGCCAGACGAGCUUGAUAGAGCAUGCUUUGUUCCAAUAAUGUAAGUCCCUGAUACCCAAUCAUCCUUCUUCCUUUGGCAGAACAACAGUUUCCCAAGAUACUCUAGCUGUGUACUGACCUUCUGUCGAUCCUUUCCAUAGAUAUGCUCCGCAGAUAGAAUUAAUGAUUUUUAUGCACUGCUUAGGGAUAGUAAACGUAUAGCACCAAAGGAUGACAAUUUGAAACGCUUAAUUUCUACAACAACAAAGGAUGACAAUUUGAAACGUAGAGCACAAAAAAAACAAACUUCUCUUCCUACAGAGACUGCUUCUCUUAUCGAAGAAUCAAGCGGUCCAACUGCUUCCAAGCUUUCUACUACCAGCAGCAAUGCUGGAUCUGCAACAAUCCAGAACAGAUCUGAGAUUACUGAAACUAACACUGUUCACGUGAACAGUUCAGUAGAUACUUUCCAAGGGUUUACCAUUCUCCCACCCAAAAAAUCCACUCCACCACUUCCAAACUACUCCCUUGCAAGUCAAACAACUAAACCCUUACCCUCUCCUACCCCACCAAAAGCUUCCCGAAAAACUAUUAUCCCUCUCCUUCCUCGUUCUAACGUACCCCCUCCUGAAACAGCCUUAGACCCAAACAAAUCACCUCCUCCCCUCCCAACUAAAACCCCAGAAGCCCCUACUAAAACAUGGGGCAAGAGAGCGAGCUACAUUGCUGACAAGUCUUUGAAACGAGUAGCUCCAAAAUAUUACUCGGAAGCAGGCAUUCCUCAAGUGACAGUGCCUGAUGAAGUCUUCCAAAGAGGUGCAGAGAUGCACAAAGAGUUCAUUGUUGGGUCGUUCUUGGCAAAAAUGCUAUCAUACCAAGCGAUUCAAAGUGUCCUCAACUUCCUUUGGGGGAAAGGGCAUAAACUCGACAUUAGAACCAACCUGCAAGAAAGAACAAUUCUUGUGUGAAUCCCAAAUGAUUUCAUCAGGAACAAAGUGUUGGAAAAAGGCUUUGGUAUGUAGGAAUAGCAAUGUUCCAAGUCUCACCGUGGACAUCAUCCAAAGAAGCAGCUCCCAUUGACUUCUCCUCUAUUCCUCUUAGAAUCCUGGAAGGAUUAAGCUUCGCUGCAGGGUUGAUUGGAGAACCAAAGGAGACGGAUGAAUUCACAAGAAACAUUACUGAUGUCAAUCUCGCACAUGUGAAGGUUGAAGCAGACUUAAUUUCACCCCUUCCUGACCUGAUUGAACUCAAGAGAACGAGUGGAGAAAUUUUUCAAGUCUCUGUUCAUAUCCUUGGAUCCCCUCCAACCUGCUCUCAUUGUAGCCAACUUGGUCACAAUCAGAAGGAUUGCCUCACUUCCCCACAAGAAAACAUCCCACCUAAAUCCCAGCCUAAAACACAAACUGCGCCUUCGUCAUCAACUGAACCUACCCAUGAGACCCCUCCUGUGAUCCCUUCUCCGCAGGAGCAAAACACUCCAGUGAUCCCUGAAUCAAAUUUUGAAACUGACUUAAUGGAGAUUCUCUCUCCUGUCCAAACCGCUCUUCUCCAUGCAACCAUAGAACCCCGUCAUACUAUCACCCUUGCCUCACCCUCUCCUUCACCCGACUUUGAUGAGCCCCAUACCAUUGUAUUCACCUCCCAGCCUGCUGAAGCUCCUGUUGUUGUAGCUCUCUCAGCCCAAACCCCUAGAAGAGCUACUCCUUUCAAACAUAAAGUCACCCACAAAAAACUUUUUGCCUCCCAAUUCCAAAAAAUAUCCACCAAUAACCCUUUUGCCAUCCUUGACCCAGCCCUUUUUAAUUCUACAAACAAACAUCACCUUUCCUUAGACCCGAUCCAACCUCCUAUACCUGCUGAUCCUGUUGGUUCUCUUCUACCUCAAGAAGAGAAUCCGAGCAAUCAUCUAUGAGUAACAAAGCCUUUGAUGACAAUUUGAAACACUUAAUUUCCACAAAUACAUAAGAUGACUGAUCAUCUCCAACUAACAUAUUCACACUUGACCUGAACUUAGAAAACAGAGAUUUGAGAAGUUUUCCUCCGGGUUCUUAGACAUUAAAGCUCAAAUAUAUGUGUAUGAAUAGAUAGUCAAUUUUUUGAAUUUAGUAUUUGACUUAAUUGUUUCUUCAUAACAGGACCAUGGAUAUAUUACGGCUUUACAACUUUUUUAUUAA